AUGUCUCAGCUUAAAACAGAGAAAGACAGUAUACGAAAACUCUGCAAAAAACACUUGAAAGAGAUGAUCGAAGAAACUGUGUCAUUAGAAGAGAAACUACACGGCGGGCACCUCUAUUAUUCAAAAACAGAAGCCGAGUGCAUACUUAAAGAGAACAGCGGGUGCUCUGCAGCUGUGGAAGACGUAGAGAAGAAUGCAGGAAUAAACUACUUGGUCUUUGUGAAGGGAAAGCUAACAAACCACGAGAUGGUUUUUGAUAAGCUAGAAAAGCUGGUAGAUGAAGUGUCUCAGCUAGAGACAACGCAUCAGCUGAGAGUGGGGUAUGAAACCCUUCUUCUCGCAUGCAAACAGAUAAGAGAUGUCCAAACAACGCAUCCAGAUGCGCUUGCUCUCUUGAAGAACAAUGAGAAUCGAAUGGUGUCUGUUCUAAACGAUAAAAUGGCAAAUGCACAUUUUGUAAUCAGAACUUUGAUCAAAAACAUAGUAAAAGAGGUGAUGAAGAUAGAAGGCAUGCACAUCCUUGAAAACCCACAGUGGUCAAUGCAGAACAAAACAGACAUAACACUUUCUUUAAAGGAAGUUGUGCUAACAGUCACAGAGAAUGACGUUUCUUUGCUAAACGACAAGAAGUGCGGGGACAAGAUAACAAAGCUGCUGUUGCUCUCUGAUCACAAAAAGUAUGCGGAGCUCAUUGGUAGGCUAGAUCUAAACUGCGUAGGAAGCAGGAACAUACGAAUACUUUCGAACAGACUCGGCGAAAAUAUUCGAGAAGAAAUAUUUAGAAUUUUGGCAAACAGCAAAAUGUUCAACUGUGUGUUUUUUGCCUCUGCCUCCAGCACGCUGCCAGAGUUUGUGAUUGACAGCUGCUCUUUUCUGUGGAGCGAAGAGGUGCGCACAGAAUACUUGGAAGUUCUACUGAAGAAUCCAAAUGUCUUUGAAGAGAGACUCCCCUUGAUUGUCCAGUGGCUGCAGUUUAACCAGAUAAUAGCCACAAAGGAGAACCAGAAAAGAGUAAGGGCGUGUUUCUACACCCUUUCCAAGAUGUUCAGACACAAAAUUGUGUCUAAGCACGCUUAUCUAAAAAGUGAAGGGAUAGAGCAUGCUCCAACGGAUGCAGGAAUGGCUUUUUUCAGAGAAGUAAUCAGUAUUUCGCUAAGCAUGGCAGAGAGUAGCAACUAUCAUCGGCAGAUACAGGGUCUUUACUAUCUGAAAACACUGUUGGAAAUGAGCAUGGUUCAGAACUACGUACCUGAAAGAGACUACAAGCCAAUUAUACUGAAUGCUCUUUCGGGAACACACAAGGAAAUAAGAGAAAUAGCAGCACAGUUCCCAGUUGAGAUAGAUGCUGAGCAGAUAAAAAACGCAGUGCUAUCGCAUAGAGAUGCAAACAUAUACGGAAUGGCUCUUCUUUUUACAAAAAACAUGACCGCAGAGAAAAUCAGCAGUGUAUUUUCAUUUUCGCUCAAGAGAAUUGCUGCCAAAGACAAUUCUGAUAUGGAUAUCCACAAGGACAUAUACCUGGUAUGGAACAUUUUUAACAGUCUGCCGGCAGAGAAAGUGCUGAUAGAUGGGAAUAGGCUGAAUCCAGCACUUUUGGUGGAGAAAAAGAAAAGAAAGGCAUUUGGCCAAACAGGCCUGGACAUACAGAGUCUAUACACGGCAGAAAUCCCGUAUAAAAUAGAAGAGAUAUACAAGGAAUACAUUCUGCCGCAGUUUAAAAAGUCGCUAGAAAUCAUGCAAACCAGAGAAAUAUACUUGUCAGAGCACACAGAGAUCGAUGAAAGCAAGAGCAAAAACACACAGAGAACAUACGUGUCAAACUGGUAUGCGCUUAGAGAGUGCAUUGUGUUCAUCACUGUAUAUGCUGUAUUGGCUAAAGACAUAACCUGUUUAGACAUGCUGAUCGAUGCUCUUCUCUCUGUCGGAGGACACCUGGGCGUUAUAAUGACAGCAUCCGAUGCGAUAAAAACAAUUUUAGUGUUCAACGACUCGCCAGAGAACACUGUGAAAUAUGCACAAUAUUUAAUGAAGACAAUACAAACAAGAGACCUGAAAAACAUCAGACGGGAUGGAGGGAUACCCUAUGCCUUCAAAGCACUCAGUGCAGCAGAGAGCAAUACAAAAGAUAAGCCAGCCACCCACUAUAUCAUGAAAGAAACAGUCAGAAACUCGUUCAGUUUGAUCGAAGAUCUUUUUAGUUUCGGCCCAAUACGUGCAAAUCCAAGCCUCACCUUCUGCGAGUACAAUUCUGUAUCACGUUUGGCUGUUAGAGUCCAUAAUGAGCCAAAAAUAAGAAAUGAAAAAUACCUGAUACACUACAUGAACAUACUAAAAGGAGUGUCUAGUGAUGGGGUGUUUAAGUACGACAUGAGAGUGUACGAGCCUUCCCUAUUCCUGCUAUCUGUGCUGCUGAUAUCACACAGCAGCUGGAAGGUACGAAAUACAUCGCUGAUGCUGUACACCACACUAAUUAAAAAAAUGUGCAAAGAAACCCUGAACAAACAAGAAGACUCCAAAUAUUCAAAAGUGUCAGUCAACCCAGUUUCAAGACAGGUAAUGUUCAGCUGUCUAAGCUACUUUGGAGACAAGAAUGACCUAGAUGGGGUAUUUUCGUGUCUGGUAUUUUUCAGCCGAGUAAAUGAGAUAAACGAAGCAGAAGAGAAGCUUCUUGCAGGCCUGAAAGAAAAAACCAUGUGUGCACGAACACACCAAAAAAUAAGCCAGAUACUGCACAGAAAACCCAGUAGUAAUGUUCACCACGUAAACAGCUCGCACAAGUCUGUCUCGCAAAAAACAAAAGAUGUGCUAUCGUAUGUCAAAACAGAGCUGUUCGAUAAAAAAGAAGAAAAAGCAGAAAAAACGUACAGGUGCCCUGGAUUAGAAAACAGCUGCAUGCUGAUCGAAAGCGAAGCACUGAACAUUCUCGGAAAUGAGGACAGCUACAUCAGAGAGUACGGCCUCAACUAUCUUAUGCCAAACAGAUCGUACGAGUAUGUAUUACGCGCCCUGCUUGAAAAAACAAAAUGUGCCAGCUGCUUAUCAUCCAGAAUAAAAACACACUGCUCUCUCCCAACGGAAGACACAACAGAGGACAGCCAGUUCCCAAUGGAGCAAUCAAAUUUGUUCAGAGAUAUAGAAUAUGAGAAUAAAAUACUGCGAGACACAAAAUUAGAUCAAACAGUGUGGUAG